GCAGCAGCGCGCGCCGCUCUUGGCCCCGGCCGGCCACCGUCGCCGCUGCCCCGCCGCGCCCCUGACCCGGAAGAGCAUUCUCCUUAGCAACUGCGGGACCGCCGCGGCGCCAGCCUCCCGCGAGCAACGAUAGUGACAACCAAGCGAUUCAAGGCAGGAAGAAGUCUGAGCUGAGCAGUAGAGGACCCCCUGGAUCUGGAGAGAAGAGGCAACCUUGGAACCAGUAAUGACUGACUGCAGGCUGAACCUCCGGCCCCUGGGGACCCCCAGAGGUGUGUCCUCUGUAGCUGGCCCACAUGGUGUUGGUGCUUCGCCAGGUGACAAAAAGUCGAAGAACAAGUCUGCACGAGGGAAGAAAAAGAGCGUAUUUGAAACCUACAUGUCCAAGGAGGAUGUCUCAGAAGGCUUGAAGAGAGGAACACUCAUCCAGGGUGUAUUGAGAAUUAAUCCAAAGAAGUUUCAUGAAGCCUUCAUUCCUUCCCCGGAUGGUGAUCGAGACAUUUUUAUCGAUGGGGUUGUUGCUCGUAAUAGAGCCUUGAAUGGGGAUCUGGUGGUCGUGAAGCUCCUUCCAGAGGAACAGUGGAAGGUAAUUAAACCAGAGAGCAGUGACAAAGAAACAGAAGGUGCCUAUGAAUUAGAUCUCCCUGAGGAGCUCUGUGGAAGCCAUCUCCCGCAGCAGUCCAUGAAAGGCUAUAAUGACAGUCCUGAUGUCAUUAUAGAGGCUCAGUUUGAUGACAGUGACUCAGAAGAUGGACAUAGCAGCACACAGAAUGUUCUGGUUGAUGGUGUCAAGAAACUCUCAGUUUGUGUUCAUGACAAAGGAAAGGAGGAUGCUGAUGCUCUAGUUACAAAAGAAGAAAGCACCUCCACGUCACAGGACACAAGAGCUUCACCAGAGAAAUCGCUGCAAAGAUCAGCAAAGGUGGUUUACAUCUCGGAGAAAAAACAUUCCCGAGCAGCAACUGGCUUUCUCAAACUCUUGGCUGAUAAGAACAGUGAACUGUUUAGGAAAUAUGCCCUGUUUUCUCCCUCGGACCACCGAGUGCCUAGAAUUUAUGUGCCUCUCAAGGACUGUCCCCAGGAUUUUGUGACUCGGCCUAAAGAUUAUGCCAACACACUCUUCAUCUGCCGCAUCGUGGACUGGAAGGAGGACAGCAAUUUUGCCCUGGGACAACUGGCUAAGAGUCUUGGGCAGGCUGGUGAAAUUGAACCUGAAACAGAAGGAAUACUAACAGAAUAUGGUGUGGAUUUCUCUGAUUUCUCAUCGGAAGUUCUAGACUGUCUCCCUCAAGGCCUGCCCUGGACAAUCCCACCAGAGGAAUUCAGUAAGAGAAGAGAUUUAAGGAAGGACUGUAUCUUCACCAUUGACCCAUCAACUGCCCGCGACCUCGAUGAUGCCCUCUCCUGCAAGCCACUUGCUGAUGGCAACUUUGAAGUGGGGGUUCAUAUCGCGGAUGUCAGUUACUUUGUUCCCGAGGGAUCCCCUCUGGAUAAAGUAGCUGCUGAGAGAGCUACAAGUGUCUACUUGGUUCAGAAGGUUGUCCCCAUGCUUCCCAGGCUGCUGUGUGAGGAGCUGUGCAGCCUCCAUCCCAUGUCUGACAAGCUGACCUUCUCUGUGAUCUGGACACUAACCCCAGAGGGCAAGAUCCUUGGUGAAUGGUUUGGUCGGACCAUCAUUCGCUCCUGUACAAAACUGAGCUACGAGCAUGCACAGAGCAUGAUUGAAAGCCCAACCGAGAAAAUCCCUGAGGAGGAGCUGCCCCCCAUCUCCCCCGAGCACACCAGCGAGGAGGUACACCGGGCUGUCUUGAAUCUCCACAAAAUUGCAAAGGAGUUACGCAAACAACGGUUUGUGGACGGCGCACUACGUCUGGAUCAACUAAAGCUUGCUUUCACUCUGGAUCACGAGACUGGAUUGCCCCAAGGAUGCCACAUCUAUGAGUACCGUGACAGCAACAACCUUGAUGCCCUGCUCAAGGGGAGCUGCUCCCCAGCAGCAGAGAGGACAAGAGUGUCUUUGGAGAGGCUCGUGGAGGAGUUCAUGCUCCUGGCCAACAUGGCAGUGGCCCACAAGACACACCGCACCUUCCCUGAGCGUGCCCUGCUGCGCCGGCACCCCCCACCCCAGACCAAGAUGCUCAACGACCUCAUGGAAUUCUGUGACCAGAUGGGGCUGCCCAUGGACUUCAGCUCUGCCGGGGCCCUCAAUAAAAGUCUGACCGAAACAUUUGGAGAUGACAAGUACUCACUGGCCCGGAAGGAGGUGCUCACCAACAUGUGCUCUCGGCCCAUGCAGAUGGCACUGUACUUCUGCUCGGGGGUGCUGCAGGACCAGGCACAGUUCCGGCACUACGCCCUCAACGUGCCGCUCUACACCCACUUCACCUCUCCCAUCCGCCGUUUCGCUGACGUCCUGGUGCACCGCCUCCUGGCCGCCGCGCUUGGCUACAGGGAGCUGCCAGACAUGGAGCCCGACACCCUGCAAAAGCAGGCUGACCACUGCAAUGACCGCCGCAUGGCGUCCAAGCGCGUCCAGGAGCUCAGCACCGGCCUCUUCUUUGCCAUCCUGGUUAAGGAAAGUGGCCCCCUGGAGUCAGAAGCCAUGGUGCUCGGCGUCCUGAACCAAGCCUUCGAUGUGCUGGUGCUGCGCUACGGGGUGCAGAAGCGUAUCUACUGUAACGCACUGCCCCUGCGGUCCCACCACUUCCAGAGGGUGGGUAAGAAGCCGGAGCUCACACUUGUCUGGGAGCCUGAGGACAUGGAGCAGGAGCCAGUGCGGCAGGGCCUCAGCUCCCGAGCAGGCGCAGCUGACGACAGGCAAACAGGGUUGUCACCAUCUUCAGCCUGGUGGAGGUGGUACUGCAGGCGGAGACCACGGCCCUCAAGUACAGCGCCAUCCUGAAGCGGCCGGGCACCGAGGGCCUCCUGGGCCUACAGCACCACGAGGAACGUGCUGACAGUGGCCAGCUGGACUGAAGCCCCCCGGCCAGCCACACCCACCCCCACACCCACCCCACCCACUGGCUUUUAGGGAUAGGACCUUUUGACACCAAAGGGGAUUUUUAAUUUGGUUUUUAACAACUCAGGGUUUUGUUUUUAUUUCUUCAUUCUAUUUUAUUUUUGCAGCUCAGUUUUUAAAUAGACUGGAGAGGAGAGAGUGGGGCUGGAUGGAAGGCUGAGGCCUGGCCAGUGCUUGACCGGAACGGGACAGGACCCGGUCCUCCUGGGAGGCCAGCCCCACUUCAGCCAGGCCGCCCACUGCCUUCCCCUGCCCAGGAAACCGGGGGAUUUUCAGCAAAUCAGUGUCAUGGAAUAAAAUCAAGUGUGAAUUACUGUUUGGCGUGUGGGGCACCACUGGGAGGCCAGGGCAGCAGGGUGCCCCAGGACCCAGGACGAGGGACCCGGCUCAGGCUCCAACCCCUCACAGCUGAGCUGGGGUCACCACCCUCCGGAACCUCUCUGUCAGUUCCAGGAUGAUUCACAGAGCUGGCCACAUGUCAGAUUGAGGCCGGUGCCUCAUUCUGGCUGAUUAGAAACAUAAUUAGUAUGCAAGACAGCAAGCUCACCCAUCGCCCUCCUCAAGUGACUGUGUCUGCCCCCACUGCACCAUUUCUUGCCUGCCUGCUAGCCUCAGGAGGGGGGCCAUGGGUCCUGUGACUCUCCCUCCCCUAGGUCCUGGGCCGGGGCUCUGAGUAGCCCUGUCCACACCCCGUGGUUCGAGCUGGUACCUUCGCACCUCCAGUGCCAGCCUUCGCACCUCCACUGGCAGCCCUGAGGGAGCAGAGGGGCAGAGGGGACCUAGGCCUGCAGAGAAGAGGAGGGCCCUCAAACUGGCCUUCCCAACCAAGGUGCCUGGGGGCCCUGGCCUGGUCUAGUCACCCGCCCUGCAUCAUCCUGAGCACCCACCGAUUGCACCAUCCUGGGGACCGGGACCAAGAUGGAAGGCCGCUGGGUCGUGCCUUCUCCCCAGCUGGCCUGACCACAGCCUGCACUCCUUCCCCUCCUAACUAGGGAGCCACAGGUCAAACUGUGGGUGAAACUAGGGUGAAAACCAUGGUGACCCCGGCCUUGGGUCCACCGUGCUAUUUCCUUAGGCGUCAGCACUAACGAGCCCAUUGGAUCUGGUUGCAAUGAAUUCUCUUCAAAGAAAAAUCCAAUACGGUACCUUGUAGGAGGGCCUCUCGGGGACCAGAGGACCGAUGGUGUGGCUGCCUUUGUCCACCACCGACAGGCCAGGGCUCGUCCUCUGCCGGGCCCCAGCUGGGUGUGGGAGGGGAAUGGAGGACGCGCCACCGUCCUGCCUUCAGCUACUUUCUCCUCCUCCAGCGCCUCAGCCAGCCUUCCAAUGUCCGUCUCACCACCCUCAGGAUGUCCCUGAGGCCACCACCCCCACACCCCCCGUUCCGUCCCCACAGCCUCCUCCUGCAACCAAGGAUCUGAAGGGAAGAAGAGGUGAGAGGGUCUGGUGGUUUGAUAUUUGGAUGAGAUUUCUGGGUGUUUCCUGUCCUAGGCAGCCCAACAGAGCCCAAGGGCAAGACAUCCCAACCCUGACUCCGUCCCCUCAACUUCCUACCCUCUGAGGAGGAGCAGCCCUGUCCUGUCCUGGUGCUGUCCCCUGACAGCCUCCCUCAGAGCCUGGGAGCUGAGGGCAGAGCAGGGGCCCCUGGGGAGUGACACCUGUCAGGGAGGCCACAUGUCAGAGCACCUGGGCUCCCUCUUGAGCAGCAUGGACUCAGCCCGGACCCCUGUCCUUACUGCCCCAGCGCCCCCUGAGCCCUGGUGAGGCAUAGCCAGCUCGGUCAGCAAGGACUUGCUUGGAUGGCAGAGGUGGGUCUCACCCUGAUGCACCCUAGAGCCAUGGGGGCCAUGGCAACCCCAGCCCACCCCUGCAUCAUCAGAAACUGCACCCAGAGAGGAGGCAGGCUUCUGGCCAAGGAGACAGCAAGCCUGCCCAGCCAGGACCAGGAAUCAGGCACCUGCCCUCCACUGCACCCCGCCACCGGUAGGCCCAAAGGAGGCGGCCCAGCACUCUCCCCAAGGUAGCCGGGUCCGUCUUCAUCCCCUGUCCCAGCACACCUGGCUUUGACGGAGGUCCCCUGAGGGAGCCAGCCCCUCCUGUGUCCCCACGUGAUGGAGCUAUGACAAAAGGAAGACGAGACACAAAACCUCAUCAUAAAGGAAGACAUCCCUCCGGCCGCUCCAGAGCCGCUGCACACCGGUACAGACAAGCCCAGGGCCCAGAGCGGGGCUCUGCCUUCCUCAAGGGGCCACCGCAGAUCACCACGGCAGAGGGAACCGUAGAUGCAAACGACGUCACGGCACGACGAGGCUCUAGCUUAGCUCCAGGGCUAGAGAGUGUAUUCCCAGCCCUGAAGGGACAGUGGCCAGAAGAUGAUGCACCGGCCCCUCGGGGGUGAAGGAACUGAGGCUCCAAGGUAUUUGCCUCACCACGAGGUCGCCAGGAUCAGAGAGUGCCGAGAGCUCACGCAAGAAGAUGCUGGAACAGUAGAUCGCGUGGACCCUGAGCUGGCCAGAGAACUCACGGUUUCUAACCAGGGCUGCUCCUUCACUCCUUUGUUUAACAGGGGGAGCCCGCGAUGCUCUGUGCUCUAGGCCGCUGUCCAGAGGGGGAGUGGUGAUGGCGGGAAGGUGAAGGCCCAGAGGGAGGUGGCGCGGGGCAGAGCCCAGGGGGCAGCCUGAUGGCUCUGUGCAGGCCGGGCCCUGAGGCCCGGGGCUGUGUGGGCCGCAGAGGGGGCGGGAAGCCAGAGCACAGGUGCGGAGGGAGCCAGGAGAGCCGGGGGCUGGCGUGAGGAGGACUUUCCUUGCUGGGGCAGAACAGAUGAGGGUGCAGGCCAUCGUCCCCAGGCUUCAUGCUGAGGACAGGCCCCGAGGGGCCUCAGGACAGAGACUGGGCAGGGGUGGAGGGUCUGGGUGCAGCAACAGGAGUGGGCGGGGGCCUGGGCAUCCUAGGUCCUGAAGCGCAGGGGAGAGUGGGGCUCUGGGCGGGGGGGUCCUCAGCACUCAGCCCAGGUUAAAAGCCUGGGAAGGCUCAGGACUGAAAAUCUGGAAUCAGGAAGAUGAGAAAGAGGUGGAAAGAGGAGCCCGAGAAGGGUCCUGAGGCCCCAGGGGGACUCCUGUCUUUUGAUUUCAAAGGAGAGAAACCCAGUAUGAAGUGGCUCUGGGAGGAAGGGAGCUGGCAGGAAGGCCGGAGAGAAUACCGGAGGGUGAGAAGGCCGCCUUGGGGGGCAGGGAGGCACCAGGCCUCCGGGUCACCGGGGGUGGCCCUGUGCCCUUUCUGCUUCAUUUCCUCCUGGUGCAGGUCACUUCCUCCAUGGUGACCUUCUGGAAGCGUGUAUCUUCUGUAUCUUGCAGCCCACCCUCCUGGAGAGAGACUGACAGCCUCUCCCCGCUGCAGUCAGAGAGACCCCAGGAAAGAAUGGGGCGGCUGCCCAGCCCUGGCCCAUCAGGGAGCAGAAUGGAAGCUCUUGGGGUCCCUGGCAGUUGGGAGGGAUGGACAAGAGGACGGGGAGCAGGUCCCAGGAGGCGAGGCCACCACUGCGGCCGCUGCGAGCACAGGGCACUGACGGGCCACACGGCAGGAAGCAGGAGUCCAGGUUGGAGGGGCCGUGACAAUCCAGGUGAGAUGAAGGCCUGAGAGGGAACAGAUCCAAGAUGUUGGGACAGAGCAGGCGCGGGCAGGUGCUGGAGUCCCCGGCAAGGGUGGGCCCCCGACAGAGGCGGCGGGGAGAGCGCCCCGGGGUGGGGGGUGCAAAGGACAGAGCAGAGGAGGGCUGGGGACAGCAAGGCCAGAGUCGGACUCCUGGGGACAAGAGAGCCUCAGAUGCCGCUGCUGGGAGGUGAGAGCACGAGGCGCGGCGUGCGGAGGGUUGGGACUGCACGGGGCGAGCAGCCGUCUUCACGAGGCCGAGGCCGAGAAACAGCCCAAGUGCCGGCAGCCGGGGAAGGGAUGGUACAUACGCACGGUGACACGACCCUGCCGGUGUGGCAACACGGGUGAAGCUGGGGGACGUCCUGCCAGGUGAAGGGAGCCCGGCGGGAGACAGCGCAUGUGCUCGCUCGUGGCCGGGCCCUCCAGUGAUCGGACUCAUGAAAGCAGCGGAGAGAGCUGGUCUCCAGGCCAGGGCAGGGAGCAAGGUGGGGACAUGUACACAGCUUCAGUUGUAAGAUGGACACGUUCUGGGGACUCUCGUGUACAGUGGCCGUGGAGUUAACAAUACCGUGUCGUGGACUUGAAAGCCGCCAAGCGGGUAGCUCUUGAGUGUUCUCGCCACAAAAAGAAAACGGUCACCCUGAGGUGAUAGAUAUGUUAACCCGCUUGAUUGUGGUGAUCAUUUCGCCAUAUGUACAUAUGUCAGCACAUCAAGUUGUACUUCCCGGGUAUGUACAAUUCCUAUUUGUGAAUUAUACCUCAGCGAAGCUGCUAAAUAAACAGAUAAAUACAAA